GCUCCUCCCCUGUCCCUAUGCAGUGAGUGCUGUGUAUGAGAGCAUUAGCAAGCUGCAGUUCCUCCCCCCAGGUCUGUGAGCCCAGACACACACACACACACACACAGCAGCCAGCAGCCUGUCUCUGACAUUACAGGGCAGUCCAGCAGCGGCCCCCCCAGGCAUGGCACAGGGCUCCAGCUCACUAUGGCAGCAGUGCGACAAAACACCCUCGACUUCCAGCUCAGUGGCACAGCUGAUGGAAAGUACAUCAUUAAAGCACUGCAGCCUAUUUUUGAAGGGCAGGAAAUGACAGAAACCGUGCACAGCUGGGAAGACCAUGGCUACCUGGCCACAUACACAGCAAAAAAUGGCAGCUUUGCUACAGUAAGAGUCUACCCCCAUGGCUUAGUGCUCAUUGAUCUGCAGAGCAGUGAUGAGUCAGAUGAAAAGAAAUCUAUUCACUGUCUUUUAAACAAGAUAGAAGACAAAAUGGAAGAAAUAUUGCACAACAGUAUCAAACAGGUGAAGCGAUUACCAGCCAUUGUUCGUGGAGCAUCUGUUGAUAGGUACUGGCCGACUGCUGAUGGACGCCUAGUAGAAUAUGACUUUGAUGAAAUUGUUUACAGUAAAGAGUCGCCUUAUCAAAAUAUAAAGAUUCUGCAUUCUAAGCAGUUUGGAAAUAUCCUUAUCCUCAAUGGGGAUGUUAACCUGGCAGAAAGUGACCUGGCUUACACCCAUGCCAUUAUGGGAAGUGGCAAAGAAGACUUUUGCGGAAAAGAAGUGUUGAUCCUGGGUGGUGGUGAUGGAGGCAUACUUUAUGAACUGGUCAAACUCAAGCCAAAGAUGGCUACUAUGGUGGAGAUAGACCAAAUGGUGAUUGACGGAUGUAAGGAGCAUAUGCGGAAUACAUGUGGCGAUGUGUUAGACAAUCUCAAAGGUGACUGUUAUCAGGUUUUAGUUGAAGAUUGUGUACCGGUAUUGAAGAUGUAUGCCAAAGAAGGGCGAAUGUUUGAUUAUGUUAUAAAUGAUCUCACAGCUAUCCCAAUUUCAACCUCUCCAGAGGAAGAUUCGACUUGGGAAUUUCUGCGAUUGAUCUUGGAUCUUUCCAUGAAAGUCCUGAAGCAAGAUGGAAAAUACUUCACUCAGGGAAACUGUGUAAACCUGACUGAGGCUUUGACACUAUAUGAAGAACAGCUGAAUAUGCUUUAUUGCCCUGUGGAAUUUUCUAAGGAGAUAGUGUGCGUUCCCUCCUACAUGGAAUUAUGGGUGUUUUACACGAUUUGGAAGAAAAACAGUCCCUGAGCAUUUUGAACAAAAUCUUCCACACUGCAUGGAGCAGAUUAGGCUUGGCACAUGCUGCAUGGGGGCAUUGUGAAAACCUUAAAUUAUAUGCUGUAGAUAAUUCUAAGAAAAAUUAUUUACGUUUAAAAAAAACAAAAACAGGUGGUUUGAAAAUGACUAAUUUGAUGAGCUGGUAUGUUUAUUUUAAUAUUGUAUUGUAUUGUGUUUUUUUUGUUUGGAUUUUUUUUAGUUUUUUUAGUUUUCUAAAGUCAACUUGGGGAUUGGCAGCCUAAUUUAAGCUGCUACAUGCACUGAACCUAAAGAAUGUGAUCCUUCCCUUUUGUUUGUUGCUAGAUUUUACUGCGGGUCUUUAUUUUAUGUAAUAGAAACCUAAACACUAUCCUUAAUUUAAUCUCCCUAUUUCCCAGAUCGAUGGUUGUGACUAUUUGCACUUGGUUUAUUAUACCUAGAACCUUUGACAUUUUAGAAUCCUUUAUCAUAUGUUUCCUGUACGGAUACACUGGCAAUAAAAUCCAUCAGGAGCACAACUACUAUUAUUUCAA